AUGCGCAAAGCCAAUCUUGCACUAAAACGAGAACGUCAUGUGACGCCAACUAUCGACGACAUAGUAUCAGAAUUAAACGGCUCAACGGUGUUCUCUAAAGUAGAUCUGUACAAGAUCCACCAGCUGGAACUCUCCGAAGAAUCAAGAAAUAUGACAGUGUUUGCUAGCCAUGUAGGCCUACGGCGCUACAAACGUAUCAACUUUGGAAUAAGCGUUGCGCCAGAAAUAUUCCAGAACGAAAUCCGUCAGGUUCUUCAAGGUUUGAAGAAAACGUUUAAUAUCAGUGACGACAUAAUCGUGCACGGCAAAACACAACAAGAACACGACACAAAUCUGGAAGCGCUUCUGCAAAGGUUGCAGGAGAAGGGUCUCACCCUCAAUAGACGAAAGUGUAAAUUCGGACAAGCAAAACUCAAAUUUUACGGAUACAUAUUUUCCGACUCCGGAAUCUCUCAAGAUCCAGGAAAGGUCGAGGCAAUCCAGAACAUUAACAGGCCGAAAAUUCAAGCAGAAAUCAGAUAUCCAGUGGUCGAAAAACUCAACAGCGUAGCUGCACAAGCCGUCAUCCCAUUGCUAGAGAGAAUCUUUGGACUGUUUUCCAUACCAAACGUUGUCAAAACCGACAACGGAUCACCGUUCAACAGCCAUACAUUCUCAGAAUUUGCCGCUCAGCUCGGGUUCAAACACAGGAAAAUAACACCCCUUCACCCAAAAGCCAACGGAGACAAGGUUCUGGUCAAACAGCAGGUGCGAAACAAACUUGAUACACCGUUUUCGCCAGUUCCGGGAAGUGUCGUAUCGCGCAAGGGUUCCAUGGUUACGGUUCGACAUAAGGAUCGAAUCCUAACACGCGACGCCUCUCACCUCAAGCCUGUGCUGGCUUUACCUCCAUCUUACGAUGACAUCGUACGCCAGGAAAUAGCCGCCCAUCAACCCGUACAACAACCGCUAAAACGUUCGAGUCGUGAAAGAAAGCCGCCGCGAAAAUACGACAAUGACUAA